GCAGGGAGGAGAAGGAACAAUGGAUUCUCAGACCAAGUUACUGGCAAGAUUCUAGAACAGAUUAGUAAUGUUUGGUUUAUGAGCACUUAACUAAGAAUUAGAAGCCAGCAUGGGCUUACUGAGAAUUAGUGAGCCAAACGAAUCUCACGCUCUCUGCCUUUUUUAUUUUCCCCCUCUCUCUUUUGGAUAGUUAUGAAUCGGUACUUUAGGGAACUGUAAAUUUAAUGUAUUAUGAUUUCAGUGAAUGACAAUAAUGAUAAUAAAUUGAGCCAUCUUACUUCCUGCUCAAAACUUUGUCUAGUGGCUCCUCGUUACACUAAGAAUAAAAUACAAAACCCUGUAUAAUCUGGCUCUUGCCAUCUCUGGGGCUUUAUUUCUAUGCCUCUUUUGCUUGUUAAUCCUUUUCCAGGCUAGCUGGAAAACUUGGCCUUUUACGUUUCUCAAACGUGAGUGUGGUAACUGCACUCAGGGCCUCUCAGCCUGGAGGGCUCUCCCCCGAGAUAUUUGUAUCACUUUCUCUCGGAUUUAAAUCACUCUGUCCAGAAAGCCUUCCCUCCCAACCCUGUCUAAACAAUACAUGCUCCACUUAUGCUGCUGUAUUUGUCUUCAGAGCCCUAUCAUCAUCUGUGAAAUUCAUUCUCAGAUAUUUCGCUAAUCAUAGCUAGUAGGGGUUGACUCUUAAUAGUCCAACUUGGAAGUCCAAACUCCUUAAUAUGGACCCUUUGCAAUUUGGCCUCAAUAUAACCUUUCUAGCUUUACCUCUAGCUUCAUACUCAUGUCAUCCUGUGCGCUCUGUCCUCCCGUCCCUAGCCGCCCUCGCCCACCUUGGCCGCAUGCACUGUUCCUGUGCUCAUCUCCCAGGUUAAUGGCUGGAAGAGCAGAGAGACAGGACUGUGUGACCUCAGCUGCUUCACUCAUUGCCCAUGUGAUCGCAGAUUGAAUUGUCAGACCGCAUGUGGAAUAUUGUGUUGUAUUCUUGGUGCCAUAUGUUGAGUUGCUCUGCCAAACCAGACUCGGGAAGACUUGGUCAAUGAAUGCUAUGGAAACUACGUCAAAUGAGUGAGGGGUGAAAGAUGAACCUUUUCAGAGGCAGUUAGAUUUAAUGUGGUCUAUGGAGUUUUUGAAGUAGUUAACAAUGCUCCACAACUUCUGGAAAAGCAGUUGAAAAAAAUUGUACUAAACCAGCGACCUCGAAAUCCUAUCUAUGAUGUUGUAAGGAAAGGAAAGAGUGAUGUUAAACCUGUUCAAGUGAACACCCCUCAUGAAGAUGAGACCAUUAAUGUCAACUACAAUAUCAUGUGUCUGAAUCGUGAACAAGGUAUUCACUGGGUCAAAAAAGAAAGACUUCCAACAUUUCUGGAAAGUGAUUGUUACUUUGAAUACAGGUUAGCCAAAUUGAUUUCACAAGUAAGAUGGAGUGAAUCAGGCAUGAAUAUCAUAUUAGGUACAGAGUUUUCACCCUGGGUCCUGAAAAAACCACCCAGUCCACCACCUCCUCCUGUUGAAGAAGAUGAUGUUAUAAUUAUGAAAAAGUUCUACAUUUCUCUGGGCGAGGCCUCCUAUACUCAAACAAAAGAUUGGUUUGCCUUAGCAAAACAAUGUCAGCAAAUAGUACCAACCUUUUCACUACCAUCUUGUGUAUUCCACGACAAAAUUGAAUCACCAGUUGUUUCAUCUGUUUCUGAGAGUUUUAUCUUCGAUGAUGGAGUUCACCCCAGGACGAAAAAAGGCCUAUUAAAAACCAGUAGAUUAACCUCCGAAUUUGAAGAAGAUGGGUCUGUAUCUCUACAGGACACUCCUUCUCAAGCUCUUCUGAGGAUAUACCUUGAAAAGCAACAGAAUGUUGAUGAAAGUCUGACACUGCACUUCUCAACAUGUGAUGAGUUUUUAAGAUCUUAUGUCUCCUUUAUUUUGAGAGUGGCAAUUCAUCAAAUUCUUGGAGCAACACUUAGAGAAAGCCCAGAUUACGUAAAUUUCAGAAACGUAACAGAAGUGGUAUUUGAUGACAUUGGGGGGCCUACCUCUGGCAAGAAUGUUUUGUUCAAUGAAAUGCUAAGGGAAAAGUCGGGAGACGUGUUAGAACAAGCAGUUUCAAAGCCUGACAGCGUUGGACUCGACAGCAGGGCUGAUUGGUGUAUUUCUCACAGAACUUAUGACAUUGGUAAUAGAAAGGAGUUUGAAAGAUUUAAGAAAUUUUUAAAAGGUACCUUAGGGGAGAAAUAUUGGUGGCUAUGGAUGGAUAUUGAGAGGUUAAAAGUUCUUAAGAAUCCUGGAAGACAUCAAAGACAUAUUGAGAAGAUGAAAAAAUGCUUUCUAGUGAGCAGUGGAGAUUACUACCUUUCUGCAGAAGUCUUAUCAAAAUUUAAACUACUAGACGGAUCUCAGUGGAAUGAAGAACACUUAAAAAAAAUUCAGACUGAGGUUUUAAAGCCCUUACUUCUUUAUUGGGCACCAAGAUUCUGUGUUACUCACACAUCCUCAACAAAACAUGCUAGUGCCGAACUGAAAUUCUGGCACCUUCGUCAGGAGCAGCCAAGGAAGGAUGUUGACCCUUUCCCGCAAAUGGCAACCCUCUUGCCGUUAAGACCCAAAUCUUGCAUUCCACAGUUAUCUGAGAUGCAGAAAGAAGAAUCCAGUUUACUACAACUUCCUAAAUCUCCCAAGAAAUCACCUAGAGUAAAGACAGCAGUUUAUAAACCUUGGAAGAGUGAGUCUUUGAAUCCAGUGUCUUCUAAGGAUGAUGUGAUUGAGAAAGGGUCAAGGCACAUGUCAGAAAGCAGCAAAGUUAUUCGUUUAACAUCUUUUACUGACAUUUCUGAAUGUCUGAAGCCCCAGCUGGAUAGAAGAUAUACCUAUACAGAAGAACCUUUGAUUAAAACCAUGGGUGAUGGUGCCUUGGGAGGAUUUGACAUGGAGAAUUUGUUGCAAUCUUUGUAUGUAGAAAAUAGAGCUGGAUUCUUCUUUACUAAAUUCUGCGAGAACUCAGGGAACAAGUUGUGGAAGAACUGUGUGUACUUUUGGUUUGACCUACAAGCUUAUCAUCAGCUUUUCUACCAAGAAACCCUUCACCCUUUUAAAGUAUGCAAGCAAGCUCAAUAUCUUUUUGCUACAUACAUUGCUCCUUCAGCCACUCUUGACAUUGGACUUCAACAGGAAAAGAAAAGAGAAAUUUAUAUGAAAAUACAACCACCAUUUGAAGACCUUUUUGAUGCAGCAGAAGAAUAUAUCCUCCUCCUCCUUCUUGAGCCUUGGACAAAGAUGAUAAAAUCAGACCAAGUUGCUUACAGAAAGGUGGAGCUGGUGGAAGAAACUCGACAACUAGAUUCCACAUACUUGAGAAAGCUACAGGCUUUGCAUAAAGAGACAGUUUUCAAGAAAGCUGAGGACACUACUUGUGAAAUUGGAACUGGUAUUUCACCACUUGCUCAUGUCUCUAAAAAAACAGAAUACUGGAAUAUGGUUCCUGAAGAAUAUAGGCAUUUUAAUUUUAAUGAACUGCUUAACAACAAACUGGAGUUUGAACAUUUCCGUCAGUUUCUUGAGGCUCAUUCUUCAAGCAUGGACCUUAUGUGCUGGACAGACAUUGAACAGUUCCGAAGAAUAACUUACAGAGAUCGAAAGCAAAGGGAGGCAAAAUCUAUAUAUAUAAAAAACAAAUACCUCAAUAAAAAAUAUUUUUUUGGGCCCAACAGUCCAGCUUCUGUGUAUCAACAGGACCAGAUAAUGAAUUUAAGUGGUGGCUGGGGAAAGAUUCUCCACGAGCAACUUGAUGCAGCCGUUCUAAUCGAAAUUCAGAAGCAUGUCCUAAAUAGACUAGAAAAUGUUUGGUUGCCGUUGUUUCUUGCAAGUGAACAGUUUGCGGCGCGUCAAAAGAUAAAGGUACAGAUAAAAGACAUAGCUGAAGAGCUUUUACUACAAAAGCGUGAAAGGAAAAUUGGAGUCUGGAAGCCUGUGGAGAGUAAGUGGAUAUCUUCGUCUUGUGAAAUCAUUGCUUUCCGUAAAGCUUUAUUGAAUCCAGUUACUGCAAGACAAUUUCAACGCUUUGUGGCUCUAAAAGGAGAUUUAUUGGAAAAUGGGGUGCUCUUUUGGCAAGAAGUACAAAAAUAUAAGGACUUGUGCCAUUCUCAUUGUGAUGAGUCUAUCAUACACAAGAAGAUUAUGACUGUUAUCAACUGCUUUAUUAAUUCCAGCAUCCCCCCAGCUUUACAAAUUGACAUUCCAGUAGAGCAAGCCCAGAAGAUUAUUGAACACAGGAAGGAGUUGGGACCAUAUGUAUUCAGAGAGGCACAGAUGACAAUUUUUGGAGUUCUGUUUAAAUUUUGGCCUCAGUUCUGUGAGUUUAGGAAGAACUUAACUGAUGAAAAAAUUAUGAGUGUUUUGGAGAGAAGACAAGAAUAUAGUAAGCAGAAAAAGAAAAUGGCAGUCAUAGAAGAUGAAAAAUUUGUAAAGGAUGGAAUCAAACAAUAUUCGAGUACUUCAGGACCUGUUAUCAAAGCAGCUGCUCUAACUAGUGACCCAGGGUUAGGCAUGCAAGCGUACGGCCGACAGCCAACCUGGUGCUACUCAAAGUACAUAGAAGCCUUAGAACAGGAAAGGAUUCUUCUUAAAAUUCAAGAGGAACUAGAAAGAAAGUUGUUUGCAGCCACACCAUCUUUUACAAAUUUCAAGUCUACUACUUCCACUCUGUCUUUGAAAAAGACUGUGUCCUCCCACAACAUCCAGAGAAUUCUUUAAACCAAGUUUUAACUAACAUGGAAGCACAAGUGAUUUUUUGAUGGUCUGCUUUAGAGCAAGCCUGUCAUCUAAAUAAAGUUUGGCUUCACUUCUAUA